AUGCCGUUGCCUUGGCUUGUAAGCAACGAGAGUCGACGGACUGCGAGAAUGUCGAACGGACGAAUCUCUGAUUGAUCAUUACGCUCGUUUUUGAGAGCGAUAGUUACCUAUUCAGAAAGGACUUUAUGUCAACAACUCCUCUCUUCUACUUUUCUUGAUGAUGUGUGACAAGAAGAGUAAUUAGAAAAAGCUCGAGUAGUAAGGAUGAAUGAUAAAGUCGGCCAAGAACUCGUCCAAAUGUCGCCUCACAAACUCCGCCCACCUCACGAACCUAUUCUCCAAAUUUCGAAGCAUCCUAGAGGAGAUGUGAUGACUCAUAGCAGUUAUAUGAAAGGAGUUUGA